AGGGUAUAGAAAGGCGGGGUUAGCCGGGGGAGGAGGGAAGAUGGCGGCGGAGGCUGCCGCUGCUGCAGGAGCGUCGGAGGACGCUGCGGGGCCGCAGUGGGGGGCGUCGGCAACGACGGCGGAGGCGCUAAGGCGACCCUGAAGGGAAAGUUCGAGAGUGUGUUUGUGCCUGUGUUGUGAAGGGGGGGGAAGAAAGCGAGGAGAGGGCCCAUGUGUGGUGGAGGCGGCACCAGCCCCGGUCCGUCGCCACCAGCAGAAGCGCCCACAGGCGGCCCCUCAGCCGGGUUCUGCUUCCGCUGAGCGGGGGCUCCGGGACAGCCCGGGUGGGAACGGGAGGGGAGAGGACGGGCUCCUUUGGGCAGGGCUGACGAGCCCGGCGGUGGAGCAAGAUGAAGUUCGCCGAGCACCUCUCCGCGCACAUCACCCCGGAGUGGCGAAAGCAAUACAUCCAGUAUGAGGCUUUCAAAGAGAUGCUGUAUGCAGCCCAGGACCAGGCCCCUUCUAUAGAAGUCACAGAUGAAGACACUGUGAAACGAUACUUUGCGAAGUUUGAAGAAAAAUUCUUUCAGACUUGUGAGAAGGAACUUGCCAAAAUCAACACAUUUUAUUCAGAAAAGCUUGCAGAAGCUCAGCGGAGGUUUGCUACACUUCAGAAUGAGUUGCAGUCAACUUUGGAUGCACAAAAAGAAACCAGUGGUCUUACCACUCUGCGUCAGCGUAAAAAGCCAGUCUUCCAUCUGUCUCAUGAGGAGCGUGUUCAGCAUAGGAAUAUCAAAGACCUAAAACUGGCCUUCAGUGAGUUCUACCUCAGCCUCAUUCUACUGCAGAACUAUCAGAAUCUAAACUUCACAGGAUUCCGUAAGAUCCUAAAGAAGCAUGACAAGAUUCUUGAGACACCCCGUGGUGCAGAUUGGAGAGUGGCUCAUGUAGAAGUAGCACCAUUCUAUACUUGCAAGAAAAUCAACCAGCUCAUCUCUGAAACAGAGACUGUGGUAACUAAUGAAUUGGAAGAUGGAGACCGACAGAAAGCCAUGAAACGGUUACGUGUCCCACCACUGGGAGCAGCACAGCCUGCACCUGCAUGGACUACUUUCAGAGUUGGAUUGUUCUGUGGAAUAUUCGUUGUGCUGAAUGUUACCCUCAUACUUUCAGCCAUAUUUAAAAUGAAAGGAUCGAACGUAUGGCCACUUAUAAGAAUCUAUCGAGGCGGCUUUCUCCUGAUAGAAUUCCUUUUUCUCCUUGGAAUUAACACAUAUGGCUGGAGGCAGGCUGGAGUGAAUCAUGUCCUCAUCUUUGAACUCAACCCCCGCAGUAAUUUGUCCCAUCAGCAUCUCUUUGAGAUUGCUGGAUUCCUUGGAACAUUGUGGUGCCUGAGCUUACUGGCUUGUAUAUACGGUCAAGACACUGAAUUUCCUAUCCAGACAAACCCGCUCAUCUUGUAUGGAUUUAUGUUACUGUUUCUCAUCAACCCUACAAAAACUUUAUACUAUAAAUCUCGUUUUUGGCUACUCAAACUCUUGUUCCGGGUGUUCACUGCCCCCUUCCAUAAGGUGGGCUUUGCAGAUUUCUGGCUAGCUGACCAGCUUAACAGUCUGGCUGUGAUACUUAUGGAUCUUGAAUACAUGAUUUGUUUCUAUAGCUUUGAGCUCCAGUGGACAGCCAAAAAUGCAUUGUUGGAUAAUCCAGGUAGUCAGAUCUGUAACACCUAUGCCUAUGGUGUGAGAGCAGUCGUUCAGUGCAUUCCUGCUUGGUUAAGAUUUGUCCAGUGCCUGCGCCGAUAUCGUGACACCAAACGGGCCUUUCCCCAUCUUGUUAAUGCUGGCAAAUACUCUACCACCUUCUUUAUGGUGACAUUUGCAGCUCUUUACAGCACUCAUAAAGUGCAAAAACAUGGUGACACACCAGUGUUCUUUUAUCUGUGGAUCGUCUUCUACUUCAUCAGCUCCUGCUACACCCUUAUCUGGGAUUUGAAAAUGGACUGGGGUCUCUUCGACAAAAAUGCUGGAGAAAAUACUUUCCUGCGAGAAGAGAUUGUCUACCCUCAAAAAGCCUAUUAUUAUUGUGCCAUUGUUGAGGAUGUGAUUCUGCGAUUUGCAUGGACUAUACAGAUCUCUCUCACUGCUAUGGAAAUCCAUCCUUAUGCAGGAGACAUCAUUUCUACUGUGUUUGCUCCACUUGAGGUUUUCCGGCGGUUUGUGUGGAAUUUCUUCCGACUGGAGAAUGAGCACCUGAACAACUGUGGUGAGUUUCGUGCUGUCCGGGAUAUCUCGGUGGCUCCACUGAAUGCAGAUGAUCAGACCCUGCUUGAACAGAUGAUGGACCAGGAAGAUGGUGUCCGAAAUCGCCAGAAGAACCGGGCCUGGAAGCGUAGCCAGAGUGUGUCCUUGCAUAGACCACGUCUUGGUUCACAGUCCAAGUCUCGUGAUACCAAGGUGUUAAUAGAAGACACAGAUGACGAAGCAAAUACAUGAAAUGCUCGCAGAAAGAAGUUCCACAUCCCUCGUGUUCUCUUGCUUUACUACCUUCCCCUCUUCUACUCCCAAUCAACCUCUGGUAUUGUUCCAGCUAAAAACAGGAGAAAAAUCUGAACACGCUUUCUGAGCUCUUCCGGACCGGAUCCUAUGGACUCCAACAAGCUCACUGUGUUUUCUUUUUUCUUUUCCUUUCUUGUUUUUAAUUUGAUUUCUUGUUUUUUAAAAUGAAAAUGUAACUUCGUUUUGCCAAUCAGAGGGACACUUAAGGAAGGAAAUGUCUUAAAGAUUGUUUACAAUCUCAACAGGACAUAUGAUCUGGAUGAAGAAGCAUCGUCAGAAUUCCCUCAUGGGACACUAAUGAGAACUUACUCUGUCUCUGCUCAGUCCAGUUUUGACUGGUUGAAACUGGACCUAUGUUUUUAACUCUGGCUUGCGCUCUGGUUUUUGGUGUUUUUCUUCAUAUCCAGCGCCAAGGCACUGGCUGCACUUGCCGGGAAAGUGCACUUAAGAGCAGUACCUUCAUUCACGAAGCUACUUUUUAAUUUGAUGUAACUUUCUUAGAAUUCUUUUGGAAAUAUGAUGUAUUUGUUGCACAUAAUUUUGACAUUAUUUAUGAUAGUUAACAACCAUAUGAGAAUUGUUUUCAGUCCUGUGCAAUGAAGUUGGUAACUCUCUAAAAAUAAGGCAAGUGGUGGGGGGGAAGGGGAUGUAGAUCCUGCAUCUCUCUUGCUGCAAGGUUAAGCCCUUUAAAAAUACCUCUUUGAUGAGAGAACUUGCACCAGUUUUAUCUGGAUUUUUCCCCCUUCUGUUUGAUUUUGUUUUAAACCAAAGGUUCUCUAGUGGGUUUUACUUGCUGCUGUUUCUGGUUCCUCAGAAACCUGGGCAUCUUUCCUAGCCAGAUCAUCUAUGAGUGUAUGUGGCUGUGAAGAAAUAGUACAAAUAAUCUUCAGAUUUUUGAUAAAGGAAGAUUAAUUUAAACCAAUCCUGUGCAGUCCUUCAGACAGCCAUGCAAAAAAGCCUUAGCUUGAAGGUUAAGAAUUGAUUUGCUUUUAAUUAGCUGAGUAGGACAUCAUCCCAUUUUUAAAUAGGGAGCUCCAGCACCAUUCUAUUCACUUCAGCUAAAUAAUAGAGAAUUUGAGCAAUGAACUAUUUGCCUUUUGUGGGAUAUAAGAUGAUGCAUUCAUCAGUUUAUAUGGGGGUAGAGCAGAUAUGCAAGAGCUUGUCACUUGGGUAAGCAAGAGGCUGUGUAGUCUCCAAAGACUGGGGAAGUUGGUAUUGCAACAGAAAGGGCUCUUUAAUUUUUUUUAAUUAAAAAAAAAACGGCCAUACUUUGGCAAAGACUUGUCUGACAAUCACUGGCCAAGAACAUCCUCAGGUUAGCUUUUAUGUUUUCCUUUCCUUUUUGAAUCUAUCUACCCCAAAUCCCAAUUUCCCAGCUUAGUGCUCGGUCUGCCUUUUACAAGCAUUAUGAGUGGCACUGCUAAUUGGACUAAGGGUAAAUGGCUGUAGAACUUAGGAAAUUCUUUUAAAAAUGUCCAGCUUCAUUAUUCCUUUAAAAAUAUUCGUAUCAGCCUCCAGAGCCCGUAGGAUAGAGCAGCAUGGAUGUCUAAGAUGACCAUAUCCACUUGUUGUAGUUGCAAGCCUGUGUUGUGUACGCCAAGCAAUUUGUGCUUAAUGUUAGCAAAUGAAAUCUUAUUUGUGCUCUGUUA